ACCGUGCGCAGAGUACCUGUAGUUGAUUAGGCUUCCAUCUGUAUAAUAUUAGCACUCUUAUAGAAGCUUCAUCGACCACUUGCGCUUCCUUGCUUGAACAAAUGUCAACCUCGCUCAAAAUGAGCGCGACGCUAGCGCGCUCGCUAGCAGUCGUUGCUGUUUUUGGAGCAGUAUUAGUUUCAAGCCAUCUUCUAGCAGGAAGCGCAGAGGUUGUCCACACGAAGUUCCCAAACGUGGUCAUCGCUGGGCACUCUAGCAGCCUGCUGAGCGGCGUGCGGGCAUGGUUCGCCUCGUUUGCCACGCAGGCGGACAUGCCGGUGGCAGAGCGCCUCCGCCUGAUGCGGGAGGAGAACGAGUGGAAGAACAACCUGGUCAUGUGGCUGUUUCCCGACAGCGUCCGGGAUCAAAUUCCCCACUUCUGGCAGACGUGGCUGCGGUGCUGGAUUCUCUGCGCAGCGGUGUACUUCGGCGUGGGCGGGCUGUGGUGCUACUACACCUACUUUUGCUUUGGGGACAAGUGGUUUGCUCCUGGCACUAUUCCGGCGUGGAAGGACGUCGCUGAGCAGAUGCGGGUCUCCAACAUCGCCAUGCCACUUUACUCGAUGCUGCCGGCCCUAACGGAGAUGGCGGCGGAGAAGGGCUGGACCCGCGCCUACCCGCGCGUGGAGAACGUUGGCCUGCCGGCUUACGUGCUCUACUUCUUCCUCUACAUGACCUCAGUGGAGUUCGGCGUUUACUGGAUGCACCGCAUCCUGCACUGGGGCCCGCUCUACAAGUACCUGCACUGGGACCACCACAAGUACAACAAGGAGCACACCCUUUCGCCCUUCGCUGGUCUGGCUUUCCACCCCCUUGAUGGCAUCCUCCAGGCCGUCCCGUACGCGUGGACCCUCCUCUACUGCCCCAUGCACUUCCUGACCCACGAGCUCCUGCUGUUCGCCACCGGCGUGUGGACUACCAACAUCCACGACUGCCUGCACGGCCACGUGUGGCCCAUCAUGGGGGCCGGCUACCACACCAUCCACCACACCACCUACAAGCACAACUACGGCCACUACUUCAUCUUCAUGGACUACCUGAUGGGCACACUCACCACGCCCGAGCAGUACGACGCGGACAAGGCGGCUCGUGCCACGAAGGCCGUCAAGGCGCAGUAACGACAGCGCAGGCGCAGCUUGUUCGGCCUGCGUCUCUCCUUGAUGUAGUGCCCUGAGCGUUGCGGGUCCGGCCCCGUCCGGCACGUGCGGCAGGUGGCUUCCAACGGAAGCGGGAGGUUUUGGGGCAGGAAUGCAGGGGCUUGCCUAAUGGCUUGACCCCGGUGCCCGGAAUGCUGGCGGCGUGCAGUGAAUGUGCAUGGCGAAGGUGCUGCAUAACUCGGGUCAAUCUUGGUCAUCUGUCCACAAAGUAUGGGAGGAAUGCUGAAGCAAGGUAGCGUUGCGUGUUAUGCUAGCUAGGCAGGCGCUCUUGUGCAUACGGCGUGGCCUGCGCUGGCUAUCCAGUGAUUUUGUGUGUUUGUGUACGUGAGAUACUUGUGGCGCUUGCAUGUAAUGGUUUGUGUGCGCGUGUGGGCAGCGGGCGGUCUGCGGAGAGUCACAAGCAUGAGCGCUGCUGGGCCACGACGAGUGAGUGUAGUAAGUACUGAUGCCCAGGCCUCUAGGCCUGUAGCGCUGCGAGGUAUAGGAAACGAAGCUUGAGUCUUGCGGGGGCGGUGCCCCAGCGACUUCGACUUGACAACAUAACCGCAACGGUGAGCUUACCUGACGGACCGGACCUGACCGUAUGCAUUCUUAGGACACACACACACAGGGGUCGGAACCCCUUAAUCCAUUCUUAAGCGUACUGCUGCUGUUGGGCCUGGCAUUUUGAGUAUGGACGAGCCAGUUGCCCUGGGCUUGAGUUUGUGACGCUCUGGGCUCUGUGUACAUGGCUGUGUAGGCGCUGUGCCGCCGUCAGGACGGCUUGCUCGAUUCAACACUUGAUUCGAGAGGGUUUACCGUGUAACAACCAGUACUC